UUUGAUAGUUUGUAUUUAUUUGUAUUACAGGUACCCACGAGGACGCCAUGUAUGGAACCAAGUUGGACACCAUUCGUCGCAUUCACACCGAAGGAAAAAUGGCCAUAUUAGAUGUAGAGCCGCAGGCGCUUAAAAUACUACGGACCGCUGAAUUUACGCCCUACGUGGUGUUCAUAGCGGCGCCCUCAUUGCAAAAUAUUGCAGAUUAUGAUGGCAGUUUGGAGCGUCUGGCGAAAGAAUCGGAUAUGUUGCGACAGUUAUAUGGCCAUUUCUUCGAUUUGACGAUUGUGAACAACGACAUAAGCGAGACAAUUGCCACGCUGGAGACGGCCAUUGAGCGAGUGCACACCACCCCGCAAUGGGUGCCCGUCUCCUGGCUCUACUGACAAGACAGUGAGCUGGAAUGCCCCGACUGUCUGGAGGGUUGCGAUUGCGAGUGGGAGGCAUACACGCAGGCGUCAAACGCGGCACUCUACUAAAUCGAGCGAUCCUCCACCAGCCGCCACCAUCUAGGUGGCAACAGCGAACUGCAAUUGUUUCAACCAAGUAUUACCAGUACCACUUAUAUUUCGAGGCACAAAUACAUCACAAAAGCAACACACACCACACCACACCACACCACACAGAACAACAACUGCAACUACAAUAAGAACUACAGUCGCAAUCAGAAUGGGGGCCGCUUAUUAAGAAAUGCGCUUGGCGCUUACAAAACAAACACAAAAAACACAAAAAAAAAAAAAUCAGAAAGCAAAAGAAAUGAUUAUUAUGAGGUGUGUAAGAAGAAGACAAAGCGCAAAGACAAAAUGUUCUAUUAUUUAUAUUUCUAAAAAGUGUUUAAUUGUUUGCAGUUAUGUCUUAGUUUUAGUGAAAUAUGCAAAUGUAUUGCCAUUCCAGUACGCUGCCUAGUGCGUUAUAUUUAUUGUUUAUUUAUAUACUACAUGCAUAUGUAUUUGUUGUUUUUGUUUUAUUGUUUACUAGUACUGUGUACAUUGUAUCUUUGAGCCGUGUGUUUCUUUUUAGUCAGACAGCAUUAAACGCUUAUGUAAAUCCAUCACUUGUUAGUAUCUCUAAGUUAAGUUAUAACUCAACAAAAAUGAACAUACAAGAAACUGUUUUCAAUUAGUUUGCCACAUCAACAUCAAACAAAAGUCUUUUGAAAAGCGUCAAACGAGUUAGUAUUAUAUAGCAAACUUACGUAAUUAAUUAUAAUUAAAUAUAACAACCACACAACAUGCCACACACACACAAACCGACACCCAUGCAAAACAAUUAGAAAAGAACGCAUAACAACAAACAACAUUAUAUUGUGAGCAAUUUCAAGUGUUUCAUGAAAAAAAUAAAAACAAUAAAUGCGAGAUUAAACUACACAUUUAAAGUAAACAAAAAGAAAGAACUAAGCAAUUAAAUGCAACUAACCAAGCGCACGUUCUUAACUGCAAUGCAAAUAAAAAUAAAGAGUAAAAAUCACAAAACGCCAACACACCACAAGGCAGGCGAUAACAAGCGAAACGAAUCAUUUGUUGAUGUUUAAUUAAAUUAAAUGAAAAUGAAAAAAAUACAAUCAAAUUAAAUAAAUCAUUUGCGAAAAGGAA